AUGAAUCUAGUGGAAAUUGUUGGGGACAGGAUUAAGAAACAAGUGCUUGCGCUGGGGCACUCUGAGAAAACCUGGCGAGUGCUGAUUAUUGACCAAAACACAGCAAAGUUACUCCACCACACGCUUCCCAUGAGUGAGGUACUUUCUAGGAACAUUGCUAUGGUUGAGCGAUUAGAGGAUAUGAGAGAGCGCACUACUGAGUUCAGUGCGGUAUAUUUUGUAAACAUAAACAGCCAGUCUGUAAAGCAGAUAGAAAAAGACUUUUCAAAUAAGAUGUACAGAAGUGUGUUUGUUGUUUCCUGCGCAUAUAUCGGAGAUAAAGAGGAAAGGGCACUGGAAAAUCUGAAAAAGAAAGCAGAAAAGCUGAGAGAAAAGGCUAAAGAUAAAGAGAAAGAUAGCAUUGACUUUAUAUACAAGAGCAUUAUCUUUGAUUUCAUACCAAUUGCACCGGAUGUCUUUCAUGUGGAGACGCCACACUCAUACUACACCUCCCGGGAGAAAUACCUUGAGGACAUAUCAAAUAAGAUAAAAGGGAUUUAUAGAGUAAUUCAGGUGAGGUGCACUGCUAUUCCCAUUGGGAGGUAUGCGAAAGAGCUAACUAGUAAAAUUGAGUCAUCGGGCACAAGUAAGCUUGUGGUUGUGGAAAGAGGGGCUGAUAUGAACACUCCUCUUAUACACACCUUUACAUUUGAAAGCCUUUUGUGGGACCUGGGUCUGGCCGGGCCUGGGUACAUUGUAGAAGAGAAGAAGGCCGCUCAGGAAGAAACACCAGGCAAAGAUAAGGAAAGCGAGAGUGAAAGUGAUGAUAAUGAUGAAAAAAGGAUGGAGAUAAGUGAGGACUAUAAAGUAUGGAUGGAUGUAAGAACUAAGCAGCUGGUAGAGACACAUAAGAAACUAUCUGAAUUGAUCAAGAAAGAAACAAAGACAGAAGAAAAAGAGCAAAAAUCAAAUAUCAAGCAGCUUGUUCGCGCAGUGCAGGAACUCCCUGCGCAUACCCGGACACUAAAAGAGAUAAAGAUACUCAUGGGCUUACUGGAAAAGUGUGUGAAGUUCUUCAAUAUGCCGGGAAUAAAGGAAACUGCUGAGUUGGAGCAGGGGAUAUCUACAGGAAAAGACUUUAACGGCCAUAGCUUCAAGCACGAAGUUACAAAAAAGUUCUUUUCGGUUUUAAAAACCGCGAAGCUUACGCAAACAGAAAAGGUCCGCCUCUAUCUACUGUAUAUUCUCAACUACGGGCCUCUGCAAAGAAAUGAAGAAGCCCGUCUGAUAGAAAAGGGCCAUCUGUCGCAGAAAGAUUUAGAUAGCGGGGAAAGAGUAAGAAAGUACAUGGCUGAGCGACGGAUAAAGCCUAUGUCAAAGAGAACGCUUCCAAUUGCCAGGCACGUUCCAAUAAUUGCCGACAUUCUCACUGCUAUUAUUUCAAAGGAUGCGCAUGCAUGCCGAAAAUUGGAGAUUCAUCUGCCUGAUGCAAAGGAAGUGCUUUCUGGCGAGUCUUUGCGCAGAAGAGAGUUUGUGUUUAAGACUAGCGCAUCUACUGACUCUGCUCAUAGAAAAGUCAUUUUGGUAUACUUUAUUGGAGGAGUCUCAAUUGCUGAAAUAUCAGAAAUACGGGAAAUAGCACAUAAUACAGGACAGACCAUUUUUAUUGGCUCGACUGACAUAUGCGCACCAAAUAGUUUUGUAACCGUUCUAGAUAAUAUGUGAUUUAUUCUUGCAUUAUGACCAGUCAUCGCUGUGCAGCAGUACUUCUGGAUGGUUUACUGCAAAGUAAUUUGAUAUGCUUUUUGUUGCUUCUUUAUUUCCACAUAUGUAUAUUCCAUCCAGACUUAGCUCAGCACAUUUUUUCUGUACUUGCGCUGCGUUUUUCUCUAAAAACUCACCCAUUCUAAUCGACAGGUGUGUCUGUGAAUACACUACAUGUACUUCUACAUUUGGGCUUUCUGUUUUGAGCAGGCAAGCUCCUGUGUACUCAGAUGGGUGCUCCUUUCCAUGUGCUAUACCCAUCUUUACAAGAAUGUUCUCCUCUGGCGACUUGCAUCCAUAAAAAAGAGUAAACUGACAGUCUUUUCUGCAGUUCCGGAUAAAAGAUAUAAAUGGGGCCACUCCUGUUCCUAUUCCAAAUAAUAAACAGACAGUACUACCGCU